AUGGAUCUAUACCACAAAGUAAAGAGCUCCCUGGAUGAGAUUGCGUUAAACGGUCCAGAGCUCUUGCGUUACUUGAAUUCAGAGUCGCACAAUGGCGCAUCAGAUCAAAAUACACUGUUCAGUCUGCUAGAAGAUGCUUCGAGAUCUUCAAUUCAGUAUCCGCGGAAAAAGCUUAUUGAAUCGGCUACCAAGUUGCUCCAACUUGCCACCACUGCGGACGGAUACCUUGAGCAUUUGGCCAACAGCUAUCAAGAGUUGGCCUGCGUACGCUGGCUCGUGGAUCUCAAUGUUCUGCACCAUCUUCCUGCCACGGGAUCUAUCUCCUACACCACCUUGGCAGCCAAGGCUGGUGUCCCUGUGAAGCACCUCAAAGGUGUUGCACGCAUGGCUGUGGUCAACGGCUUCCUAGAGGAGCCUCUCCCUGGCCACGUUGCUCAUAGCCGCGCAUCAUCUCUCCUUCUGCGGGAUGACAACUUCAUGAGCUGGGCCCGCUGGAUGAUGAACUAUUCCAUGUCGGUGGCGUACCGAUUCGCCGAUGCCACUCGCCGAUGGGGUGAUACCGAUGACAAGGACCGGACGGCUUUCAACCUGGCCCUUGACACCCCGGACCCGUUCUUCGACCACGUCCGGAAGAAUGCGGAGCUGACAUCGGUAUUUUCCGACUACAUGCGCAGCGUUACCGCUUCCCGGUCAUGGAGCUUGGCCCACGCCGUCGAAGGCUUCGAUUGGGGCUUUCUCCCCGAUGGCGCCAAAAUUGUUGACGUCGGGGGAUCUCACGGCCAACUUGCCGCGCAGGUCGCGACUAAGUUCCCGCGUCUCAACUUUGUCGUUCAAGACCUGCCGGAAACUGUUGCAGCUGCCCAGAAAGCUUUUGAGACAGACGACAAACUCGACGCCGCGGUCAAGUCUCGGAUCCAGUUCAUGUCGCAUGACUUCUUCAAGGCCCAGCCUGUGGUCGAUGCAGACGUUUACUUUCUCCGAAUGAUAAUCCAUGAUUGGCCGGACAAAGAUGCUCGUAUCAUUCUCCAGCAACUUCACGAAGUGCUGGAGAAGCGGCCAAAUGCCCGUGUGGUGAUCAUGGACACACUGCUUCCUCCCCCAGGCUCAACAACGGUUCUCCAUGAGCAGCAACUGAGGGUACGGGAUCUCAUGAUGAUGCAGGUCUUCAAUGCCAGAGAACGCGAGCUUGAUGACUGGAAGGUUCUGCUCAGUGAAGUCGGCAUGCAGAUCACGCAUAUGGAGCAGCCUGAAGAUAGCGUGAUGGGACUGUUGACAGUUCAACUGAAGCCGACUACGAACGGCAAUGAUGUCAAAGAGUCAGCGUCCGGUCUGCGGAACGGUUGUACACCCAAAAGUCCGAUAACACCCACAAGUGCGGAUCAGCCCGUCCUCAUCGUUGGAGCAGGGAUAAGCGGCUUGUGCCUGGCCCAAGCAUUGAGAAAAAGCGGAAUUUCCUUCCGAGUUUACGAGCGCGAUGCAGCUGUCGACUCGCGCCCGCAGGGAUAUCGCUUGAAGCUCCAGGGUGAUGCCGCUGAAGCGCUUGCCGACAUUCUGCCCAAGGAUGUCUACGAAAAGUUCCAAACCUCAUGCGCUACUCUAUCUAUCGGGGAAACAGACUUUGACCCCUUCACGGGCAUGGUCAUCAAAAGCCGCUCUGGUGGAGGCUUGAGCGGCAAGAUUGGCCUCAACCCGCACUAUUGCGUCGACAGAUCGUCGUUCCGAAAGAUACUGAUGGCCGGUAUCCAAGAUCACAUCUUCUUCGGUAAAGAGCUUAAUUCAUACAAUACUGACAAUGAGCGUGGCGUGGUCACGGCGACCUUCAAGGACGGCCAUGUAGUCAAUGGCCGAUUUAUCGUGGGCGCUGACGGCUUACACUCAGUGAUCCGCCGCAAUCACAUCCCAAAAUCCCUGCUCAAAGACACCGGUGCUGCAUGCAUCUAUGGAAAGACACCUCUUGGUCCUGAGCUACUUGCGAAAUUCCCCGAGAAAGGAGUUAGGUGGAUGACGGUUGUCUCCGACCACGCACCCAUGCUCCAAUCUUGUUUCAUCGGAGACUCUCCAGUCACCCUCCUGUUGGAACCUGUUCGGUUUAGCAAGACCAGCCGCUCGCAACAUUCUUUGCCAGAAGACUAUCUCUACUGGGCGCUCAUUGGCCCUGAACCCCGUUUCCGAUUUUCCGAUGGCACCUCGGCGUCACAAGUAGGGGGUCUGACAUCAGAACAAGUCCAUAACGACGCUGCCAACCUUAGCUUGGCCAUUACAGAAGAGUGGCACCCUUCCAUCCGCUGUGUGUUCGAACUCCAGGACAAGCGACAGGCAACACUCAUGCGCAUUGUAUCGUCGGUCCCAGACGUUCCCCCAUGGCAGCCGUCCUCCAUGGUGACGGUACUUGGUGAUGCAGUUCAUCCCAUGAGCCCAUGUGGUGGAAUUGGGGCCCAGACCGCAAUUUGCGAUGCUGCUAGUCUAGCUAAACUUCUUACUGCCACCCAGGGGUCACCUUCCUCUCAAGCUGUCGGAGAAUUUGAGGAAAGCAUGCGCAAUCGAGCUCAUCGCAGCAUCAGGCAUAGUGAAGUAGGUUCACAGAAGAUGUUUGGUCUGCAGUCCUUAGUAGACUGCAAGACCUGGACGGGGUGCUGA